CCGACGCUUUCGGCAGCCCUGAGCACCGAGCCGGGUGUCGAGCGGCGCUCGGCCCCUCCGCGGCGGAGCGUCCCCGCCGCCCGCGGCGCAUAAGGCCAAGGCUUUCCGACUUCAGCUACAGUGCUAGCUAAGUCGGGGAAGGCAACAACGGAGAGAAGCCGCGCGUCCCCCCCUUCUCUCGGCAGCGGCGGAGCGGGCCGGCAUGGCGCGGGCAGCGGAGCCGGAGGGCCGGCGGCGCGGUGGAUCUGUGAUUGCCUAUUUUACGUCUGCAAAGUUUCUUCUUUAUCUUGGACAUGCACUGUCCACUUGGGGAGAUCGUAUGUGGCAUUUUGCUGUGUCUGUAUUCCUGGUUGAACUUUAUGGAAACAGCUUACUCCUGACUGCAGUCUAUGGCCUGGUUGUGGCUGGAUCAGUUCUUCUCCUGGGAGCCCUUAUUGGAGACUGGGUGGACAAGAACUCCAGGCUCAAAGUGGCCCAGACAUCCUUGGUUGUGCAGAAUUCAUCUGUCAUCCUGUGUGGUGUUAUCCUGAUGAUUAUCUUCUUGUUUAAGACACAGCUCUUGACAUUAUACCAUGGAUGGCUUCUUACACUGUGCUAUAUCCUGGUUAUCACAAUAGCAAAUAUUGCCAAUUUGGCCAGCACUGCCACAGCGAUCACAAUUCAGAGGGACUGGAUUGUUGUGGUUGCAGGGGAAGACAGAAGCAAACUGGCAGAUAUGAAUGCCACAAUAAGAAGAAUUGAUCAGCUGACCAAUAUCUUGGCCCCAAUGGCUGUUGGUCAGAUAAUGACAUUUGGCUCCCCGAUGAUUGGCUGUGGAUUCAUUUCUGGCUGGAACCUGAUGUCAAUGUGUGUGGAGUAUCUGCUGCUUUGGAAGGUUUAUCAGAAAACCCCUACUCUGGCUCGCAAAUCGGCAAAAGUUGAAGCAUCGGAACUGAAACAGCUGAAUGUAAAGAAAGAGAGUGACGUGAAACCUGCAGAAGGAGUGCAGUUAAUUGUUGAGAAAGAUGUAACUGGCUUUGAGCCCCAGCAGGAGAAGGAAGUCGGCUGCGCUGCCCGGAUUGCCGAACCUUUCAUAACGUUCCGGGACGGAUGGGUUGCGUACUACAACCAGCCGGUGUUCCUUGCAGGCAUGGGCCUUGCAUUUCUCUAUAUGACUGUUCUGGGAUUCGACUGUAUCACUACAGGCUAUGCAUACACUCAGGGGCUGAGUGGCUCCGUGCUAAGCCUCCUCAUGGGUGCCUCUGCAGUCACUGGAAUCAUGGGAACAGUAGCUUUCACCUGGCUUCGGCGCAAAUGUGGCCUCAUUCGCACAGGCCUUAUUUCUGGAGCUGCUCAGUUUGCUUGUCUGAUCUUAUGUGCCAUCUCUGUAUUUAUGCCUGGAAGUCCAAUGGAUUUGAGUGUUUCCCCAUUUGCUGACAUCAGUGCCAGGCUGUUUGAAAAUGAACCAUUGCCUACUAUAGCAUCUCCUGAACCUGAAAUUAUUUUUGCAACUGGAACGCCCAAUUUGUUAAACGGGUCUAUUGCUCCUGCUAACAGUGACCCAGAGAUGAGUCCUGAGCCUGUGCCUUUAAUCUCUGUUAGUCUCCUGUUUGCAGGAGUCAUUGCUGCUAGAGUUGGCCUUUGGUCCUUUGAUUUGACUGUCACACAGUUACUCCAAGAAAACGUCAUAGAAUCUGAAAGAGGCAUCAUAAACGGUGUCCAAAACUCCAUGAAUUAUCUUCUUGACCUGCUGCACUUCAUCAUGGUCAUCUUGGCCCCAAACCCUGAAGCUUUUGGCUUAUUGGUGCUUAUUUCUGUGUCUUUUGUUGCAAUGGGCCACAUAAUGUACUUCAGAUUUGCCCAAAAAAGCUUAGGAAAACAACUUUUUGUUUGUCACACUCCUGACCCCAAAGCAGACCCUGACAGUUCACCACCUGGUAAUACAUCUACUGUCUGAAAGGAUCCACUUCUCUUACUAACUUUGCUUCACAAAUACCAUGGUUAAGCACAUAUACUUCCUUCUAUGAUCCUGUUUGAGGUGUUUCUCUAGAGUUGAAUGCAUAACUUAGCUGUUUGGGGAAGCUGUCCCAAGAGAGAAAAAUGCAUUUUACAGUGACCCUGUAAAUGUUUCAUGUUUGGCAGAGGACAGACUGGUUUCAUCUUGACAGCUGCAGUAUCAAAGGUUUCCCACAAGUCUCAAGUCUGGUAUUUGAUCACAGAAAUACUGUUCAAGUUCCACUGCUGACCCCACAGUGAUACUGUGGUUAAGUGGUUUUACCUACUCAAUUUACCAUGAAUUCUGAAUAAUUCUUGUGUUCAUUGAGUAAAAUGAGGUCUUAUCCUUCUUUUUAAUUACUUCAGAAUAACUUUUUAUAUAGUAUUUGGUUGUUGGAAGUUUAUCUCCAAUAUUCCUUUACCAUGAACAGUUCUGCUCACCUAUAUUCUUAAACUGGUAUAAACAUCUUCUCUAAACAUUGGACUUCGAUGGUCCUUGUGGGUCCCUUCUAACUCACAAUAUUCUGUGUUCCUUCUUGGAUUCUUCUAGUAAACUCUUUUUUUCUGUUUUUUUUCCAAAACCUUUAUAGUAUUUUAUGUUUUGGUUUAACUUUAUGGAAACACCUUUGCAGGUUUUUUUGCAUGUUUCCUUAAAAAUUAGACAACUGUUAGGUACAAGAUAUUGUAUUACACUUUUGUUGCACUUCAUAGAGUAAAACAGCCUCAUUUAGCAGAAGCUAUUGAUGUAAUAUUACAAAGCAUGGCUUUUAAAUUGCAAAUGGCAGGUUUGCUCGGGUUUGAUGUAGCAGAAAGUGCUAAGGUCAGGAAUACUGGUACAGAAAGAAAUUCUAGUGCUAACUUAAUUUUUGCCUCAGAGUACAAGCAGCUUUAGUUAAUUUCCCAAUAUAUCAGGCUUUAAUAGGGUUUCUGAAAACAACUGCAUUUGAAAAUAGUUAAUAUUUCAUGCAAAAGGUAGAUUACUUGCAUUUAUCUGGUAUGUAUGUGAAUUUUAACUUUGUUCUAAAAUACUGCUAAACCAACAAGAUGAUGGACUGAGAGGCCCUCUAAAGCAACUUCAGAGCAAUGAAAAGAUGUCCCCUCUGUUCAAUAAGUUCUUGCCUUUUUUUUGUUUGUUUUUUUUUUUACCCUGCAUGUGUACUAACACAGUACUUCCAUAGUCAUUAACCCUAUGUGCACUUUUGUGAAAACUACGCACUUUGCUUUCUCAGUAGAGUUGAACCUGGUGGUGUUCUGAGUUUUCCUAUGGCUUGGCAGUCUGACUUCUAAAUUUAAAUACUGGCAAAAUGUUUGUUUGCAAAAUAAGUAGUAUGUGAAAACAUAAUGUCAGCAACUUGUGAAAAGUAUCCUCUGUAACUUUUAAGGUUUUUUUAAAUUUUAGGUACUGUCCUUCACAGUCAUAUGUGCUGCCAGACUCAACCCUGGAAUGUAAGUGUGUGAACUCCAUUAAAUUAAAGGCGUUACAACCAGGGCUGAAUCUCGGCCAGUCAUCACAAAUUUUGUAACAAUUACAUUAUCUAUCAAAGAAUGUAAAGAACCUCUAGUGGCUUCUGUCCCAGAUGCAAUGUUUUGUAAGAGAUGUGAAAUGGAAUGAAUGGGAAUCCGAUGUACAAUUAAUGGACACUGUAGCCCAUAGUUUUCAAUAACUGGAUGUAACAAUUUUUCUCUAAUGGACCAAACCUAAUAAUUACUCUGUUGCUGAAAGCUUCUCAGGGAUGUUUUCACUAGGUUUAUAAGUGUUUAUACUUUGACCAAGCAUUUGGGUUUUGUUUUGAUAUAAUAAAGUAAAAUAUGUAAUUUAGAGUAGGUUUAAAAUUUGUGACUCAGUCCUGAGUGUAACUUAAGGAAAAGGGAAUUUUUCCAUCAGCAGAAUUUGUCAGAAGACAAAUAAAACAAGCUUAUCUAGAUUUGUAGAGUAAAUAUGUCCAAAGGAUAGCCUUAUGUGAUAUAAGUACAUUAGUAAAUAAAAUAGCUCUGAUUUGCCAAAUAUAUUUUCUCAUGUGUAUCUAAUUUAAGUUGGGACCAGAUUUUAAUAUUGUUAAAUAUAAAUAAAAGCUAGUCCAAAUGUCAGUGAACGCCUCUAUACUGCACUUUGAAAAACAUCUGAAUGCCACUGUAUAUCUUGGACUCACUGGCCAUCAGGGAAACAAAGCUGAAAAUGCAGCUUUUUUUGCACUGUCUACAGUGCACAGAACCCAGGAUGCCUAAAAUUUAAUGCUGUAGCACUAAGCACCAGACAUCCCAGAGAGGAUGUAUUCCUGAAGUCUAGAGAGCUCCAAAAAUGUGACAAAUAGAGCUGGGAGCAUGCCAUGUUCCUGCCUGUUCCCAAAGGCUUUUUUUUUUUUUUUUUUCUCCUUUCUCCAAGAACAAUUUAGUCUUGUUUAAUUUGAGUAGCAAUUUGUUUCAUAAAUAGUUCCACUAGAUAUUACAGUACUAUUAGAAGAGGACUGGAGCUUGGUAUUUGGUAAACAUGAUGUGGUUAGGAUUCUUAUGUGCACAUCGCAGCUGGAAGGCAAGACAAUCCUAAAAUAGAAAUGUGAAUGCUAGUUUGAAGAGGAAUAAGGAGGUUUAAAAUGGAAAAUGUGUGUGUAUUGGUCUUAAUAUGGAAAAUGUGUAUCAGUCUGCGUUGGAUGUCAUAAAAUGUAUGCUGCUUGAGCACAGCCCAUUUGUGUGCGAGUCCAAGAUGUGUGCAGACACCUGUAUUCAGUAGUGCUUUGAAGCAGUGUGGAGCCUGAAGCAGUCUUACUUAGCAGGACUUUCAUUAAGUGAGCAUUUUUUGGCCUUGUAUUUAUUUAUUUUUUUAAAAAAAAUUGGAUGAAAACUGCCCUUAAAAAUGUACGCACUAGAAAUGAAUCUUACCAGAAUAUUUUAUUAUACAACCUUAUGCUGGACAUAGUAUUGAUUUAUGUAUUACUAUUGUUAAAGCUAAUUAAUAAAUUUGCAUAAAAACUUA